CUUCAACAUGACACCUCUAUUCAGCGACGCAUUUGCAGACGUUAUUAUCUGCAAAGAGAGCGAGAGAAGCGCUCUCUCAACGUUCCGGAACGAUCUAGAAGACUCCAGCGACCGCCUCUCAUCCUGGCGCGGCGCAGACUGCUGCCAUUGGGAAGGCGUCAUCUGCGACAACCUCACCGGCCAAGUCCGCGAGCUCCGCCUCCGCAACCCUCACAACGCUGCCUGCUCUAGCCGGAGCUACGGCGCGGCUGAAUUCCAAGCUUACGACAUUCACAAAUUGGGCGGGAGAUUGAAUCCAUCUCUCCUCCAAUUGGAGUUUUUGAAUCACUUGGAUCUCAGCUGCAACGAUUUCCACGGCGCGCCCGGACUUCAUCUCCUCCAUGAGAAACCUACAGGUGCUGUCCCUAGCCGAAUCGCGAACCUCUCGCGCCUUCGCCAUCUGAAUCUCGGAGAUCCGUUCCCAAUUUUCGCCGAGAGCAAGCUUAGGGUUAGCAGUAUGCAGUGGCUUCGGCAUCUUUCUUCACUGGAGCAUCUCGAUUUGACCGGCGCCGAUGCUAGCAGCGCGAGCGAUUGGCUCGGAUCACUCGGAAAUCUCCAUUCUCUGCUCGAUCUCCGCCUCUCGAGGUGCGGAUUGCCGCCUGUUAUCUCCGGCAAUGCCGCGAAUCUCUCACGUCUUGCUCAGCUUCAUCUCUCUUGGAACAAUUUCGAUUCCCCGCUCCCUCGCUGGAUUUACAGCCUCACCGAUUUGGUGAGCCUGAAUUUGAGCCAUUGUGGAUUCUACGAUCACCUUCCCACCGGAUUGCAAAACAUGACGAAGCUCGAAUACCUAAAUCUGUCGUCGAAUCACUUUACUUCCAAUUUCCCGCCAUGCAUAACCAGAUUGAGCAAUCUCAAGGUUUUAGCAGCUGCAGGCAACAUCAUUGAAGGGGAACUCCCUGCUACAAUGGAUAAUUUGACAUCUUUGGUGACUCUAGAGUUGUCUCUGAACAGAAUUGGGGGAAUGCUACCGAAAUCUCUAAGCAAUCUCUGCAAUCUCCAAGAGUUGUAUCUGUACAUAAACACCUUCUCUGGAGGUUUACCGGAUUUUUCCGGCUGCAUUUCACACAAUUUGCGAGUUUUGUAUUUGGGAUGGAACAAUCUCUCCGGUCCAUUGCCGAGUAAUCUCAAACAAGCAGCUAAAUUGAGAGAGCUUGACCUCACAUACAACAAGCUCACCGGGCCUCUCCCUUCGAGUCUCGGAGAAUUACAGGAGUUAGAAUCUCUCGUUAUAUCGGAUAAUUCUUUCAUAUUCCGCGCGAAUGGCAACAGGUUCACCUUCAAGCCGAGCAGAGACUGGAUCCCGCCUUUCCAACUCCAUGGCUUGACGCUGAGAUCAUGGCGGCUGGGGCCUGAGUUUCCGCCAUGGAUCAAACAUUUGAAGCAUUUGCAGUAUCUGAGCUUGGCGAAUACAGGGAUCGAGGAUGCCAUUCCGUCUUGGUUCUGGAGAUUAACCCCGCAAAAUAUAGCUGUUGAUAUGAAGCACAAUCUCAUCACCGGUCCCUUGCCUCGUGUCUCGUCGAAUGUGACCAUUCUCAACUUGUCAUUCAACAGCAUUUCGGGUUCGAUGCAUCAAUUCCUCUGUGAAAAUUCAGAGAGGAAUAUGAGGCUGGAGAUUCUUGACCUCGCCAACAAUUACUUAUCCGGAGAGAUUCCAGACUGCUGGGGAAACUGGUCGUCUCUGAGCGUGCUGAGGCUGCAGCUGGAUUCAUCGGCUCUCAGAGUUGGUGGUGUUCAACCUUCGUCUCAACAGGUUCUGGGGCGAGAUCCCGGUGGAGCUCUGCCUUCUCAGCCGCAUCUAGGCGCUGGACCUAGCGGGCAACAAUCUGUCCGGGCGGAUACCCUCGUGCUUCGACGGUUUCAAUGUGAUGGUGUGGAGGCAGAAGCCGGGCGAACGCAUGUACUAUUCUGCAGACGACACGUUGGUGUCGUUCCCGACAGCCAGUAUCUCGUUGUGAAGGGGAGGCUCGGGUUGUACAGCAACAUUCUGCAUUGGGUGAUGACGUUGGAUAUCUCAGACAACAACUUAACAGGUCCGAUUCCUGCUGCAAUAACGUCGCUUUCCAAGCUGCAAGGGCUGAACCUAUCAAGAAACAGCUUGACAGGAAGGAUCCCAGAGCAUAUCGGCGGCAUGAGCUUGCUCGAAUCGCUUGACAUAUCCAAGAACAAGCUGUCGGGAGAGAUCCCUCAGACGAUUGCAGAGUUGUCGUUUCUGGGUAAUCUGAACUUGUCGUGUAAUAAGUUAACCGGGAGGAUCCCAUCGAGCACUCAGCUCCAAGGCUUUGAUGCGUCGAGCUUCGCUGGCAACGAGCUCUGUGGAGCUCCGCUGUUGGAGAGCUGUGGCGGGAAUGAGGGGAUUACAGUUGGUGGCGAGGAUGAAGAGGAGAGGGCGAAGUUGAUAUUUGAAACGGAGGAGUUCGGAUUGGUUUUGAGCAUAGUACUAGGAUUUGCAGUUGGUUUUUGGACAGUUAUAGUGUCUUUGGUGGUGAAUGUGUCAUGGAGAAAUGCCUAUUUCGGGGUGCUAACGAGGAUGGGGAAUUACGUUUAUUAUGUGUGGGUUAAAUUCUUGCUCCGGUGAUUCCACAUCGUUGGUUGGUGCUGCUGUUUCAGCUCAUGAGUUUGUAGGCAGAAAGGUGAAAUCAGUGGAAGCAUACAAAGUAGGAAUCAUAGGACUCCAUAUUUAAACUUAUGGAAAAACAGAAGAUCUCAAUAUCUAUAAAAUCCUAGCAUAUUGUUUUUUUACAGUUCAAAAUU